AAUCUUCCAUAACACGCAGGUCGUAACGUAACCUACAUAACCUACACAAGAGAGACAAGUACAAAGUGUAACAGAGCACAGGCAUCACUCAGCCAGCCAGUGCACGCAGCCACCCGCCGCCGCCUGCCUUUCAUGAACCGUCAGACUUCAGCGGGCGAGCUGCGCCACCACCACCACCACCAACAACAACAUCAACAACACUACCUGGCAGCCAUCAUGGAUUCACUCAUCACCGAAGUCAAACCAAUGAGGAUCCCACGCCCGAAGUUCUGUUGUGCUAAGUCCUCUUUCAUGUACCCUGUCGAGCCUCCUAAGGACUACCUAGACCUGGAGGGCGACCACCACGUCCUCCUGCAGCAGCCACACGAGCAGCUGAAGAGCGGGAGUGAUGGCAAGCACAGCGAGUAAAGUGGAGGAGUUGGGAAUAGCGUUGAAGGAGAAGGUCAAGGUUUAAGGGGAGGGAAAGUUUAUGUAUCUAUGUAUGUGUGUGUGUGUGUGAGUGUGUGUGUGUGUGUGUGAGUUGUGUUGUUGUUUUUUUGUGUACUGAAUGUUUUUAUUGUAGCAUUUGUGUGUCUUGUACUUCUGUGUGUGUGUGUGUGUGUGUGUGUGUGUGGUGUGUGUGUGUGUGUGUGUGUGUGUGUGUGUGUGUGUGUGUGUGUGUGUGUGUGUGUGUGUGUGUGUGUGCCUGAUUGGCCUCUUUUAUAAUAUUUUAUUAUUUGUUCAUAAUAUCCGGAGUGUUUUCUUCUCGUGUGUGUGUGUGUGUGUGUGUGUGUGUGUGUGUGAAGUGACUAAAUUAAUGACAUAUAGGGAAAUAAAUAAUCCCACGCCUGAGGGGCUGUGCUGGCGGCACGGGCGGUGGGGCGGCGUGAAAAGUGUGGUCUGUGGCGGCACCUUGCUGGGGGACCACCACCACCACCACCACCCACCACCACCACCACCAAGCCAGCCCGCAUUGCAGAGGGAACGUCACUAGAGAGAGAGAGAGAGAGAGAGAGAGAGAGAGAGAGAGAGAGAGAGAGAGAGAGAGAGAGAGAGAGAGAGAGAGAGAGAGAGAGAGCAGAGAGAGAGAGAGAGAGAGAGUAAAUAUUUUCAGGGUUAUAGUGUGUGUUUGUAUGUACAGAUAUACACACACGCCAGAAUAUACUAUUAAUAAGAAGGUUGGGGUGCUCCGUGAGCAUAUCUCGUCAGGUAAUACUUAUCAUCGAACACUAAAUAAUAUCCGUCCAAUAAUAAAUAUAGUUGUUUCAACUAACUUAAUUAUCGGUAACAACUAUUAUUAUAUUUUUAAUCACCAGUACCUCAGCGGCCUCCCCUGGACUGAGACCCAGGGGGCGUAGGGGCUGGGGGCGAUCACACGGACCUCUCGAGUCUGUGGUGAAACAAUAAUGGGACCAAAACCUCAAUGGACGCUUCCGUUUUGUAGAAAAUAUGAAUAAUAAAAGAUGAGAAGUGA